AUGCGUGAAAGCAAAUACGACCCUGAUCUUAAUACAGCUGGACACAUUGAAUUAAUAGUGACGGAUGAAGUCAAGACAAAAAUGUUAUCUGAGACCGUACAUGGUCGUUACUGUGAAACCAGAUUGAAAAAUCAUAUAUACGACGCCUUAGAAAGUUUAACACACUCAGCAACACCGAACGUUACUGAAAUUGAAUGCAUCAAUCCGAAGUAUUCAUAUGAGGCAAUGGAUAUUGAAACGAAUCAUGUAGCUGAACAAGUGAAUGAAAACGAUGAUACAACAUUAGCUAACUCACCUAACGCGCCCAUUCGCUAG